GUGGCAGUGUGCAAGCAGCGCCUCUCUGCUCCACCACAGAUUGCAGCUGCACUGAAGCACUUUGCGGUCAAUUGAUCUAGAAACACGAGCGUAUCUCAGACAAAGCAAGUGUCUCUCUCUCUCCAGGAUUUCAGCAUUUUUUUAAAAAUCAUUUUCAGAAAAUACUGAAGGCUUCACUACAGUUUCUCCAUCAGGAUGUCGUCAUCUGAAAGUGCUGCGUCACAUGAAGUCAGUGAAGCAUCAGCCCCCACAUCAGAGGCUGAAUCUCUGAGGAUUGUUCUGCUGGGCCGGACCGGGACAGGCAGAAGCUCCUCUGGCAACACCAUCCUGGGAAGGUCUACGUUCCUGGUGGACGUGUCCCCCUGUUCUGUAACCACACGAUGCAAGAAACAGAGCGGGAUAGUGGGAAGGCGGAGUAUCUCCGUCAUUGACACUCCAGGGCUCUUCCACACACACCUGUCUUCUCAGGAGGUUAUGGCAGAGGUGGGACAGUGUGUUGGAUUGUCUUCUCCGGGACCCCACGCCUUCUUGGUGACACUGCAGCUUGGCAGGUUCACCCAUGAGGAGAGGGAGGCCUUUGAGUGGAUCAAAGCUAGAUUUGGGCCUGGAGUAAUGAGGUUUACGAUGGUGCUGUUCACCUGUGGUGACCAGCUGAAGGGGAAACGCAUCGAGGAGUUUCUAGAGGAGAGCCAGGAGCUGUCAGAGUUUGUCGGCAGCUGCCAUGGAGGAUAUCACGUCUUUGAUAACAGCAGGCAGGAGGAAACAGAUGAAUGCUCACAACAAGUCAUGCAACUUUUGGAGAAGGUGGACCAAAUUGUGGCUAAGAAUGGAGGCGGUUGCUAUGGCGAUGAGAUCCUGAAGGAGGCUGAAGGUGCCAUAAGGGAGGCACAUGAGAGGAUUCUGGGUGAAGCUGGGCACGUGGUGGAGUCUAUUCAGACAGAGGCUGAGGUCACAGAGGGGCGGCUGCCAAGACUGGAAAAGAAGUGGGAGGAUGAAGAGAGGAGAAGGGAGGAAGAGGAGGCCCGGAAGAGAGCGGAGAGGCUUUUCUGGUGCGAGCUGGUGACCGCCCUGGGGAAAGGUGCCGCGGAGGGGGCAGGGAUCAUGGGAAAGGACAAGGGGAAAGGGAAAGCUGUGAAAAAGGCGAAGGUGGUGGAGAAAGUGGCAGCUCUGGCUGCGUCUCCGCUCUCUGUCAGGUCGGCUGCGAAAGCAGUGGGAGGGGCCGUGAGAGAAGGAAGCAAGGUGCUAUACAAACACAGAAAAACUUUACUGCGCUGAAAGGUAAAUCAAAGAGACAGGACACAAUGAAGCCUGCGUGGUGAGGACAAGUCACUUGAUGUAAGGCCAGCUGGACUUCUUUAGGUUUUGAAGACGUUUCGCUUCUCAUCCAAGAUGCUUCUCUAGAGAAGGGGUCAAAUCCCUACUAGGGGUUUAUAACCUGAGACCUGCUCUAGGAAUGAAAAAGCCUCCUGGAUAAGAGGUGAAACAUCUUCAAAGACCUAAAAAAGCCCAGCUGCCAUUUUCUCAAGCUCCCAAGACCACCAUGACCUGGAUGAAUGAGAACCUACACAGAU